AUGGCUGAAGACUGGUCGCCGUCCUCAUGGAGGAUAAAACCUAUUGCACAGGACGUCAAGUACACCGACAAGCAGCAUCUGGCUCGCGUCACGGACCAGAUCAAGCACCUUCCACCUCUAGUAACUCCGGCAGAGAUUGAACGUCUGCGAUAUCACCUUUCGCGAGUCGAGUCCGGGCAGGGUUUCAUUCUCCACGCCGGUGACUGUGCGGAGUCCUUUGAGGCAUGCACACAUAGGAACAUCACCAACAAAAUCGGACUCAUACUGUCCUUCUCCCUGGUGCUGUUGUGGGGUGCCCGCGUGCCUAUAGUUCGCAUUGGUCGCAUAGCUGGUCAAUAUGCGAAGCCGAGAAGUAGCAGUACAGAGGUCGUGGAUGGGAAGACUGUGUUGAGUUUUCGCGGUGACAAUGUCAAUGGAAUCUCGCCUGAUGACCGGGAGCCAGAUCCGCAGCGCAUGUUGAGCGCCUACUUUUAUUCGACGACAACCCUCAACUACGUUCGCGCCCUCCUCACAUCGGACUUCGCCUCCUUGCAUCAUCCGCGAACUUGGUCCUUAAAACAUGUGCGUUCCCCAACCCUAAAAUGCGAAUUUGAGAACAUCACCAACGCCCUGUCCGAUGCUCUAGCUUUCACACAGACUGUUGGUGCAAUUGGGGGCGUGGACGAGGGCGGAUAUGUCCAGGGAGGCGGCCGCGGUGUCUUGGGUGAGGUGGAUUUCUACUCUAGUCACGAGGGCUUGAUGCUGGAUUUUGAAGAGGCGAUGACACGUUUUCUGCCCAUCCCCGCUGGCACACUGUCCCACACCGAUGCAAAAAAGCCUCUCCCACCGAAGACAUACUACAACACCUCAGCCCAUUUCCUCUGGAUUGGGGAUAGGACUCGGCAGCUUACUCAUGCUCAUGUCGAAUAUUUCAGGGGCAUUCGCAAUCCCAUUGGGAUCAAGGUCGGCCCAUCUAUGAAAGAUGACGAACUUGCUCGUCUCCUCGAUAUUGUAAACCCGGACAAGGAACACGGAAAGGUGACAUUGAUUACCCGAUAUGGCGCCGGCAAAGUGGAGACGCAUCUUCCCGGCCAUAUCGCAGCAAUUCGGGCAUGUGGACACCCAGUUAUCUGGGUUUGCGAUCCCAUGCACGGCAAUACGCAUACAUCGUCGACCGGCUACAAGACACGUCACUUCAGCUCAAUCAUCACCGAAGUAACCUCCACGUUGGCGCUCCAUGCGAAGGAAAAUUCGCGGUUGGGUGGAGUAAGCUUGGAGUUCACUGGCGAGCUUAACGAGCAAGGGUUUUCUGUGACCGAGUGUCUCGGCGGGAGCAUGCAGCUUGGCGAGGAGGAACUUGAGCUAAGAUACCAGAGCUACUGCGACCCGCGGUUGAACUUCGAACAAGCGCUUGAUCUGGCGUUCCUUCUCUCCGAUCACUAUAAGCAAGCUCGGGAGAACACGAUCAAACCCCAACCGACAACCAACUUGUUGCUUCAGGAGCUAGGGAAGACUGUGAAUGGGCAUGCGGCCAACAAGUGAAAUCGUUCAUUGCUAUGGCACUUAAGUGCCGUGCUCUUCGGCGAUUUCGAAGAAGGUGGGCAUGAUUCCCGGGUUGGACGAUGUGACUUGUUCACCUCCACUCUGGUUCUAGGACUUGCGUUGAUCAU